AUGAUCGGCGAGUCGGCUGGCUCGCAAACGGCGCUGGCCAUGGCGACGGCGAUGGUCGACGUGGAUGAGGCGGCGACGGUCGACGCUACGUCGAGCAGUCGAACCUGGGGCCAUGGCACCUGCGCAAUCUGCUUCUUCUGCGCCGACUCGCCCAAUCAGACCGAGGCGACGCUGGAGACGAUGCGGUCGCGAGAGACCCUGCGCAGGAUCAUCCAUGACUACAGGUGCCAGCUCUGUUCGGGCGGGCUCCGGUACCUUUUGACGCGGCAAAAAUGGGCUGACAAAUUGGCUUGCACCGGCACUAGGCAACCUACACUUGCCAGGCUUGCCUUCAGUUCACGUAUGCUCGUGAGGGGUCGGUUUUCGUUCACUGCUCAAGAGGUCUGUCCUAUUUGUGAGUUUAGUGUGGCUUCGUCACACCUACUCUUUACAAUGUCCCCCCCCCACUCUGGAUUUGCUGAUCAGAGUUGGACCUUCAAUCCGGAUCUCGCUGAUGCGGUAGUAGAUCUGUCCAUAUCUUUCUACUCUGAUGGAUUUCUAGUCUGUAACGUUUGUGAUUCUCCGUCUUCUCGUUCCUGCCAUCCCCGGGACCCCAAAGUUGUCGGUGUUCCUUCGAGCUGA